GAAAACAACAGUGGAUGUAGUUCCGGAGUGUCGGUUUAUUACCCAACCUGGGAAAGUGACAAAAGGAAAAGUGCGAAAAAUAUCGUUUGCAGGCUUUUGCAUAACACCACAUAACAGGAGAAAGAUGAAAAUUAAUUAAUAGGUCUGCCUCUAACAAAUUGAGUGAAUCUAAGAAAUGAAAUUUUGGCAACUGGGAAACGGACAGCGGAGGAAUUUGGGCUUCCUACGAGCGGAAAAUUCAGGGUUCCAAGCAAAAGAACUUACUGUAUUGUGUUUCCUCAACAGUGGGAACAGACAAGGAAAUUAAAACGGAGUUUAGUGUGCGUGAGAAAAGUGGAUUGAGACUCCAGACGGCUAAAACAACACAAAUCCUGCGCAAGUGUCAAUAAUCACGUGCAAUGACGUCAGAAUCAGAAGUCAGAGCAAAUACCAGUGCUGCCAGCAUAAAGGAAUUCACAACAGCCAGGAAAAUGAGUAAAAUUCCAAUAUUUCUUCAUAAAAUGGCAUACUUUGAAUUUAAAAAUUAUAGUAAGACAUAAUUAAGUUUAAAAUGGGCUUCUGCAUUGCCAAUUUAAGAAAUAAUUAGUGGACAAUUACAAAAUGUUCACUAUUUUUUGGUUGGCAACAUUGAACAUGAACUUGCCCUUCUCGUUACGCCCACUUUUUUGAGAUCCAUCCAAUUUAAAAUUUGAUUUGGUUAAUUAACAUCAAUUAAGCCGUGCUGCAUUGCUCAGUGACAGGAAAUGUCACUCAGAUCGGCGGCUGCGGUCGCUGUCCGCGUUUCUACACCAAUCGGCGCCGCCGCUUUUGCGUCGCCGGCAAUCAAUUGCUGCCGUAGCAGGCUCGGCUCUCCGGCGUUUCCUCCUAGUCAACUCUUCGGCCUGGUCGGCAGCGCCGUCGGCGUCCAGAGUCGGCGCCACAUCACGACAAAGUUCAGCAGCAGCGAAACGGACGCGGCUCAGAAAAAUCCGCUCACGAAAGCUCAGGCCGAAGAGCUGAUUUUGAAGCUGACCGAGGAGGAACAGAAAAUCCUCAUAAAGGCCAUCCAGACGUUUCAGUCGGAAAAAAUGAGACAGGAAUACAAAGGACAGCUGGCUGGUUGGAGGUGGCGUUCGAAGCUCGGACGACCAAGUUCGCUGCCAAAAUUAGGCGACGCCGACGUCACUGGUUCCUAUUGUCCCCUGCCCGAGGACUGGCUCAAUAAAAAAUUUGCGGAAACGCAGCCUCCACCAACUACGAAAGAGUUAGCAAAUUUGGGUCUGCACAAUGCACUUCCUUUCAUCGGGUUCGGGUUCCUUGACAACUUUAUAAUGAUUGUGGCUGGUGACUACAUAGAUUUAACAAUUGGCAUGACCCUGGGCAUCAGCACAAUGGCAGCAGCAGCCCUGGGAAAUACAAUAUCUGAUGUAGCUGGAAUUGGCUCUGCUUGGUAUGUUGAAAAUAUUGUGCAGAAAUUCGGGUUCAAACCACCGCCCUUGUCGCCAAUUCAGCUUGACAUGAAAAGCAGCCGACGAGUAGCAAAUUUUGGUCGGGCCAUAGGGGUCAGUCUUGGUUGCUUGCUAGGCAUGUUGCCACUCAUGUUUUUACCAGUCAAGAAGAAGAGAGAAGGCGAACAGACUGAUGAUGUUCCGUCAGCUGAGGAAGAGGCAGAAAUCGUAACACCAACUAAUUAGCUUGCUAAUGUUUCAACUUGGAAGCUUUUAUCUCAGAUACAUUUAAUAGUACUUAAUAACUCGCCGUCUUCCUAGCAACAAAAUUUCGCCCUGAAAGAUCUAUUUUCUCUCCCCGUCUGCACCUUUCUUGGCUUUUCAAAAGUGGACAAAUUAGGGAAUCAUUCCUCAAGGAAUGACACACACACACAGCUUUAUCACUUGUGAAAUUGAAAUAUUAGUCAGUUAUGAAAUCGAUGUUUAGGAAUUAGUUCGUUGCAGAAAUGCUCAGUCUUAAAUACUUAAUGAAAUUUAACAUUUUCAGAACGUCCGUAUUCAAGCACAAUAUUUAGCACAAAAAUUAGGAGGUCGAACAAUAAAAUUAGGGGCACAAAACAAUAACACAGUGAGAGCUUACAAUUAAGAGUAGAUUUUACAUAUUCAGCUCUCUUAAGUUGUUAAUUUGUACAAAGGUUUGUUUUUAUUUACAUGUUUGCAUCCCCAACCAUCACCAUUCCUUAAUGAGUUUAAUUUAUCCAUCUUUCAUUCAAACUAUUGCCUCUUUUACAUAUUUUAAUGAGCUGAAGAACCAAAAUUUAGGGAUCAAAUACUAGAUGAAGAGUUGUGUGUAAAUCUAGAUUAGAGAGUAAUAUAGAAGUUGAAAAAAGUUCCAAAAAUUUUAAUAAAUCAUUAUGUCCAUUUUCAGCUGUUAUUUCAAGUCAAGUAAUUAAUCCAUAGGUCAGAGAUAAAAUCAAUUAGCUGUAUAUGUAAUUAAAUAAUAUUAAAAUAUUUUACUGAUUCUAAGCAAACUUUCCAAGUUUUAAAAAUUGUAUAAAAGGUUGUGCUUUUCAAUGAGCUUGGCAAUCUCUGGACUAUUUAUAAAUUGUUAAAUUGUCUUUUGAAAUUUUGUUUGCUCCUGUGAUUUUACAUUGUAAUUGAGAAAGAAAGUUUGCUUCACACUGCCUUGUACGCUAAAUACGAUGAAUGGUGGCUAUCUUGUAAAAUUAAUAGUCUUUCAAUCAACUUUGCUGCUAUUGUAAAGCUUAGAAGUCUUUGCUCAUGUAAAAAUAUAUUUCAGCUGAUAUUUAUUGCUUCCGAUUUUGGCAAGCUGCUUUUACCGGCUUUUACGCAGACUAUUGUUUUCUAUUUCUCAAUAUGCGGACUGUUAUCCGAAUUUUCUCAUUUUUUUGUUAGUAAAUUCUAAAAAUAUGAUUAUCAAUGUUGUAAUUCAUGUAACAAUUAAAAAGUUUUAUUAA